AUGCCCACCGUGGACGACAUUCUAGAGCACGUAGGGGAAUUUAACUUCUUUCAGAAACAAACAUUUUUCCUCUUAUCGCUGCUCUCUGCGUCCUUCGCCCCCAUCUACGUGGGCAUCGUCUUCCUGGGCUUCACCCCGGAGCACCGCUGCCUGAGCCCCGGCGUGGCCGCGCUGAGCCGGCGAUGCGGCUGGAGCCUGGCCGAGGAGCUGAACUUCACGGUGCCGGGCCCGGGGCCGCAGGGCGAGGCCUUCCCCCGCCAGUGCCGCAGCUACGAGCUGGACUGGAACCAGAGCGCCCUGGGCUGCGCGGACCCGCUGGCCGGCCUGGCCGCCAACAGGAGCCGCCUGCCGCUGGGCCCCUGUCGGCACGGCUGGGUGUACGACACGCCCGGCUCCUCCAUCGUGACCGAGUUUAACCUGGUGUGCGCCAACUCCUGGAUGCUGGACCUGUUUCAGUCGGCUGUGAACGUAGGAUUUUUGAUCGGUUCUGUGAGCAUCGGCUACAUAGCAGACAGGUUUGGCCGGAAGCUCUGCCUCUUGGCUACAAUCCUCAUCAACGCUACAUCUGGAGUCCUCAUGGCCAUUUCCCCAACCUAUACGUGGAUGUUAAUAUUCCGCUUCAUCCAAGGGCUGGUCAGCAAGGCAGGCUGGUUAAUAGGCUACAUCCUGAUGACAGAGUUUGUCGGGCUGAGCUACCGGAGGACAGUGGGCAUCCUUUACCAAGUCGCCUUCACCGUGGGGCUCAUAGUGCUGGCCGGGGUGGCGUUCGCGCUGCCGCACUGGAGGUGGCUGCAGCUCGCGGUGACUCUGCCCAACUUCUGCUUCCUGCUCUAUCAUUGGUGCCUGCCUGAGUCCCCGAGGUGGCUCAUCUCCCAGAACAAAAGUGCUAAAGCCUUGAGGGUCAUGAAGCACAUCUCACAGAAGAACAGAAAACCUAUGCCCGCGUCGCUUCAGAGCCUCAGACCUGACGAGGAGGCCGGCGAGACGUUGAAUCCCUCAUUUCUUGACUUGGUCAGAACUCCUCAGAUAAGGAAGCACACUUUGAUCUUGAUGUACAACUGGUUCACGGGCUCUGUGCUCUACCAGGGCCUCAUCAUGCAUAUGGGCCUCGCAGGGGGCAACAUCUACCUGGACUUCUUCUACUCUGCCCUGGUCGAAUUCCCAGCCGCCUGCACCAUCAUCCUCACCAUUGACCGCAUCGGGCGCCGUUAUCCGUGGGCCGUGGCAAACAUGGUGGCGGGGGCGGCCUGUCUCGCCUCGGUCUUUAUCCCUGAUGACCUACAAUGGCUAAGAGUGACCGUCGCGUGCUUGGGUCGAAUGGGGAUUACAAUGGCCUACGAAAUGGUUUGCCUGGUCAACACGGAGCUGUACCCCACCUUCAUCAGGAAUCUCGGCGUCCUCGUCUGCUCCUCAAUGUGUGACAUCGGCGGCAUCGUCACGCCGUUCCUGGUGUACCGGCUCACCGACGUCUGGCAUGAGCUCCCACUGGUGAUUUUUGCCGUGGUUGGCCUGAUCGCCGGGGGGCUGGUGCUGUUGCUGCCAGAGACCCAAGGGAAGACUUUGCCGGAGACUAUUGCCGAGGUUGAAAACAUGCAGAGACCAAGAAAAAACAAAGAAAAGAUGAUUUACCUCCAAGUCAAGAAACAAGACAUUCCACUGAACUAA